AUGCCGUGGUCGCUCAUUCUUCUAUUUUUCUUGGCAAUAUUAUGGCCAUAUCAAUAUUUUCUAGUUCAUGCUGAUCAUCUUUCAUCAUCAGGUAUCGAACGUUAUAAUUUUAUUCGUAAAAUUCAUGAUGAAACGACAGCGGAUCAUCAUCGACGAAAGCGUUCAAUUAUCGAAAAUAAUCCCGAUCGGAUUCUUACAUUAGAACUUGAUCAUAAAAAUAUAACUUUAGUUUUAAAAAAUACCAAUGAAUUUUUUGCAACAGAUGCUGAUAUCCAUCUUAAUUCAUCAAAUUUUAUUCCUAUAGAUUCUUCAAUUCUUUACGAUGGUUAUGUCUUAGGUCAUGAUGAUCAAUCUUAUGUUAGUGGAGGAUUUUAUUCAAAUUGGUUUGAUGGUACAAUUAAGAUGUCGAAUGAAACUUGGCAUAUUGAACCAACUCGUAAAUAUGGUGAACAUUUAGCUGAUGCUGGUCCAUCGAUUAUUUAUAAUGCACUUGAUGUUGAUAUGACAAGAUAUAAUAGUAAAAAUCCAUUUAGAUCUAAACGAUUUGUAAUGAAUGAAGAUGGGGAUGAUGAUGAUCAUGAUGAUACUUCGUCUUUUUGUGGACUUGAUAAAAAUGAAAAACGAAAUAAGAUGAAAGAAGAAUCAGAUAAAUUAAAUACUGAGAAAUAUGAUGAUAUGGAUUUUAAAUCGCGUUAUACACGAUCAAAACGACAAACAACGAAUAAGAAUGAACGUGAACGAACUUGUUGUUAUAUUUAUAUACGUGUUGAUCCAACACUUUGGGAUGUUGUCUAUAAAAAUGAAGGUCUUAAUGAAAAAGAACCAACUAUUCAUGCAAUUGUUACAUUUCUUUAUCGAACAGUUACGGCGGCAAAUGCAAUUUAUCGUUCAUUAAAAUUUGAAUCAAAUGGAGAUGUUUUAUAUAGAUUUACAUUGAGAAUAAAACGAAUUCGAAUUUUAACACCUGAUGAUUGUGGACAAAAAAAUUUAAGUUUAAGUGAAACAAAUAUUUGUCGUUCAUUUCUUGAUUCCAAUGUUUUAUUGACAUGGCAUUCAGCUGAAAAUUUUGCUGAUUAUUGUUUAGCAUAUAUAUUUGCAGCACGAGAUUUUGGUGAUGGCACAUUAGGUUUAGCAUGGAUGGGAAGUGUUGCAUCAAAUAGUCGUGGUGGUAUAUGUGAAAAACCAGCAAAAGAUAUUUAUGAAGGACAACGUGUUAUGAAAACAUUAAAUACAGGAAUGAUAACAGUUAUUAAUCAUAAUACACGUACAUCUUCAUUAAUGACUGAAUUAACAUUUGCUCAUGAAGUUGGACAUAAUUUAGGUGCUGAGCAUGAUGAUGAAAAAUGUGGUGGUGAUGCAACAAAUGGUCAUUAUAUAAUGUAUCGACGAGCAACCACUGGUUUAGAAGAAAAUAAUAAUAAAUUUUCAAAUUGUAGUAUGGAUAAAAUGGGCCCAGUUGUAAUUGCUGUUAAAAAUCAACUUGUUGGAAAAGUCAAUUGUUUAACAGAAUGUUUACAAGUUGGUUAUUGUGGAAAUCGAAAUGUUGAAGAUGAUGAAGAAUGUGAUUGUGGUUUUAUAUCUGAAUGUACAGAUGAUUGUUGUUAUCCAGCUGGUGGUCCAGAUGCAAAAUUAGGUUGUAAAUUAAAACCAGGUGCUCGUUGCAGUCCAUCGAAAGGACCUUGUUGUUCGGAUCAAUGUUCAUUUCAUCCAUCUACUCAUAUAUGUCAUAAAGAUAAGGCUAGUCAAGAUUGUAUUGGUGAUGUACGAUGCGAUGGUAUUCAAGCUACAUGUCCUCUUAAUGACACACAAUUCUUUAAACCAAUUGAUACACCAUGUAAUCAACAUACUCAAUUAUGCGAUCGAGGGGAAUGUAAUAAAAGUAUAUGUACAUUAAUUGAUAAAACAGAAUGUACAUUAACAAUACCGAAUGUUGAAGAUCCAUUACGACAACGAGGUAUUGAUCGAGAAUAUUUAUGUCACAUUGGUUGUUUUGAGACUCGAACAAAUUCAUGUGUUGAUACACUUACACUUCGUAUGCCAAAUAAUUAUAGUAAAAAUGGUUUUGGUUAUAAACACCGACCUGGACAUGCUUGUGCCGGAACAGCUGGCUAUUGUGAUGUAUUUGGUAAAUGUCGUGCUGUUGAUGCUGAAGGUCCUUUAACUCGAUUGAAAAAUAUGUUGCUCAAUGAAGAAAAUAUUCGUACACUUACUCAACUCAUUCAGGAAUAUUGGUGGGCAUUUGUAUUGGGACUAUUAGGUGUUAUUGGUUUUAUGAGUAUUUUUGUAAAAAUUUGUUCUGUACAUACACCUUCAUCAAAUCCACGUUUUAAACCUGCUCGAUCUCUUUCACUUAAACGUGGAUCACAUGGCCCUCGACCACAUAAUGUACAAAAUUCUCGUCAACCUACUUCUACAUCAGUAUCAGCAACAACUGGUAGUGAACUUACUUCGUUACAACAACAACAAUCAAAACGACAACCAAAAGUGUUUGUACGUGGAUCCAACUCGUCAGAUAAACAACAGAUACGCGUUCAACAGAAUAAAAACAAAGCGUCUCGUCUGUAA